GGGAAGUCUCAAGCAACAACCGGGAGGGAGUGAACCGGAUCUGCUAGCCGCCACGCCGCCGGCUUCUAACGCCGAGAUGGACAGAAAUGAUUUUCAAAGUAUGUCUUCCCCACAAGAAGUGACCCGGCCAGUUCGGAAGCAUAGUUCUCAAAAAAAAGUUUCUACUUGCUGCCUUUUCUUAGUCCUCGCUUCCCUGGAUGACAGUGUAAGUGGCAUGACAACGAGAGGACUGACAGUUCCCAGGACUCCAGGACUGCUUUCUCGACCUUUUACUCCACAGAGUCGGAGUUCCAUGAAGCAACCAAAUAUGUCCUCUAUCUUGGGCACAGGAGGAAAGUCCCCUUACCUUCUGCAUACUCCUGGGCACCUUGGAAACGCGUCUAUGUUAGAUGACAGUGAUUGGACAACUGCGCUCACACCUCCACAUUCAGUAAUGUUCACAAAUCUAGACUACAAUACAGUAGAAGAUGUCACUAAGAGUGCUGUUCUACUGAAUGAGGAUGAUCCUGGAGAAGCAGCUACUAGGAGCAUGUACUCUGAUUUUCUGCAUUCCUUGUUAAAGCACACUUCAACUACCAUCUUUGAACUUAUAGAUGAGUAUGAAGAUACUUGCAAUAACCAGGUAAACAUGCUUCAAAAAAUAGUGUACCGAGCAACUCCUGGACAGCAGAAAUUUUCAAAAACUGCCAGUGUGUUGUGGCUUCUCAAGCAAGAGAUGGUAACAUGGAGAUUACUGUCCUCAAUUUACAGGGAUAGAAUACAGUCUGCUUUGGAAGAUGAGACCAUGUUUGACGUUGCAAUUAUAAAUGCUAGUGAAAAGACUGUUGUUAACAACCUGUUCCAGAGAGAUUCAUUGGUUCGACAAAGCCAGCUGGUAGUAGACUGGCUAGAGAGCAUUGCCAAGGAUGAAAUUGGAGACUUCUCUGAUAAUAUUGAAUUUUAUGCAAAGUCUGUGUAUUGGGAGAAUACUCUGCACAUCCUGAAGCAACGGCAGUUAAACACCUUUCCUGGGAGCUUACGGCCACUAGUGACAGAACUAGAUCCAGAUGCGCCAAUAAGGCAGAAAAUGCCACUUGAUGAUUUAGAUCGGGAAGAUGAUGCACGUUUGCUUAAGUUUCUUUUUACUCUUAUUAGAGCUGGAAUGACAGAUGAGGCCCAGCGAUUGUGCAAAAGAUGCGGACAGGCUUGGAGAGCUGCAACUCUUGAAGGGUGGAAGCUAUAUCAUGAUCCUAAUGUAAAUGGAGGGACAGAGCUGGAGCCAGUGGAAGGGAAUCCAUAUAGAUGCAUUUGGAAAAUAAGUUGCUGGCGAUUAGCAGAAAAGGAGCAGUUUGACAAGUAUGAGAGAGCAAUCUAUGCAGCACUCAGCGGGAACCUUAAACAGCUUCUUCCAGUUUGUGACACCUGGGAAGAUGCAGUUUGGGCGUAUUUCAGGGUCAUGGUUGACACACUUGUUGAACAGGAAAUCCGUUCAUCAGUGAUGACCACAGAAGAGACCGAAGAACUCCCUAGGGAGUAUUUAGAAACAAACUGGACUCUAGAGAAAGUGUUUGAAGAACUUCCGGCAACAGAAAAAAAGAGAGUUUUGGAAGAGAACCACGAACAUUAUCACAUGAUUCAAAAGUUUGUUAUCCUGGGAGAUGUGGAUGGUUUGAUGGAAGAAUUUAACAAAUGGCUCUCCAAAGACCGAAACAUGCUCCCAGGGCACCUCCUUCGGUUCAUGACUCACCUCAUUUUAUUUUUCCGCACUUUGGGACUCCAAACCAAAGAGGAAGUUUCAGUUGAUGUUUUGAAAACCUACAUUCAGCAAUUAAUACUCGAGAAGCACACAGAUCUUAUAGCAUUUUACGUCAGCCACUUGCCUCAAGAUGUAGCUAUUGCUCAAUAUGCUGCCUUCUUGGAAGAUGUCACGGAGACCGAGCAACGUCAUCAUUGCUUGGAGCUAGCAAAGGAGGCAGGUUUGGAAGUUGCAACUAUAACAAAAACUGUUGUUGAAAAUAUUCGCAAAAAAGAUCCUAGCGAGUUCACUCAUCAUGAUCUUGCAAUAGAUACAGGCACAACAGAGGACGAUCGCUUGAAGAUUGAUGUGAUUGACUGGCUGGUAUUCAAUCCUGCUCAGAGAGCUGAAGCACUUAAGCAAAGCAAUGCUAUCAUGAGGAAAUUCUUGGCAUCUAAAAAAUACGAAGCAGCCAAAGAUGUGUUCAUAAAGAUUCCACAAGACUCUAUAGCAGAAAUAUACAAUCAGUGGGAGGAGCAAGGAAUGGAUAGUCCACUUCCAGCUGAAGAUGACAACGCUAUUAGAGAACAUUUGUGCAUUAGAGCAUAUCUGGAAGCCCAUGAAGCUUUCAACGAGUGGUUUAAACACAUGAACUCAAUGCCACAGAAGCCUGGUCAACUUGUACAAGCAAGUUUCACUGAAAAAGUAGCACAUGAACUUAAAGAGAAGAAAUACGAGGUAGAUUAUAGUAUUUGGAAAGGUCUUUUGGAUGCCCUUACAGCUGAUGUGAAAGAAAAAAUGUAUAAUGUCUUACUGUUUGUCGAUGGAGGAUGGAUGGUGGAUGUCAGAGAGGAUACUGAAGAUGACCCUGAGCGUACUCAUCAGAUGACCAUGCUGCGAAAACUCUGCUUGCCAAUGAUGUGCUUCCUCCUCCAUACAGUAUUGCACAGCACAGGACAGUAUCAGGAAGACCUGAGGCUUGCCGAUUUGAUUGCAUCAGAACGGCACAAACUUUACAGGGUAUUUUCUAAGGAUGAACUACGGAAACUAUUACAGAAGAUGAGGGAGUCUUCGCUCAUGCUUUUGGAUCAGGGUCUUGAUCCUCUUGGAUAUGAAAUUCAAUCUUAGUGCAUCAUUCUGAGUAAAUAAAAUAUGUUGAACAGAGGUGGAAGGGAACCUUUGGGUUUAACGCCACAGUGUUUGGUUUGGAAAUUUUUGUUUUUAAAAAUGUUUCAGUGCACUGAUGCUAGUAAAAUUAAUUUUUGUAUAUGUAAAAUGACAUGCCACUUUGAUAACAUUUGUAUUUU